AUAUUGUCAACGACUUCUUGCAGCCACCGUUCGCUUGCUCUUCUAAUUCAUGUAUGUGGCCGGUUGAUCCAGUUACUAUAUCAUUCUGCGAAAGUUGUGAAUGAGAUGCGAACUCGAGGCUAGUGCCCGUUGACAAGACGACACAUGAGCGAGGAGCGCUUGGUCAAGAUUGCAGCGGAUCUUGAUACAGAAUGAUACGAGGAGCACUCUAAUGUUGACUCUCACCUCGUCCGCUCUGUACGGGAGUCUCACUGAUAUCCUCGAGGCUCUGCUGCUCGAGGAAAAGUCGAGCCAGGCUAAGACGACUUACAGUCUUGAGCACACGGUCCCCAAUUGUGUCCCGCUGGGUUUACCGUUAUUACGACAAGGAUACUCGUUGGCAAAUGAUCGCCCUUUGUUCAUGUCGAUGUUGGUGUUGAAGAUGACGAUAACAAAGAUGAGACUUCCGAUUUUGCCACCGGCAAGUUCUUUUUCGAGUAGAAGGAUGCGAAUUCCAUGUUGUCGGGAUUUGCGCAGGAUCGAAGAUGAUUUAUGGAUAUCAAGACGUGUUCCGGGCCCUAUCAGCAGUCCCAGAUCAUUGCCGGGUCAGCAUGCUGGUAAAUUCCGCUACACUCUCACAAAUACGCACGCUUAUCAGCGUCAACCCGCUAUCUCCACGGAAAGCUGUACCCAUGACGUUGGUGUUUGAAUAAACAAAGUCAAGUUGCAUACGGGCAGCGAAUUGGGUUCAACAAACACGAAUGAGCUGAAGAUAUCGCCGAACAUGUCGCUACCAUCUCUUCUCGAGCUUUGUCUCGUCUCGACUCGUCUCACUUGGCGACAGUUUACCAAGACUUGAAAACGCGAAUAUGAGCUCACACGCCAUCUUGAAAGAGGAUGAAAGUCAGCACUUCUCGCCGUACAGAGCGGACGGAAAGCUGUA